CUAGUACAUUUGCAAAAAUGGGCAAGCUUUCUAUACCUAGCAAAGCUGAGAUAGCUGCACCUUUUCAAUCUAGAGAAGCAUCCGUCGAAUUCUUGAGGGCUCCAGAGAGCAAUGAAGGCCACACUACUGUUGGGGAUCCAAGGUGGACAAACAAGGACUUAGCACCGCCACCCCUGGAAGACAGAACAUGGACAUGUUUACCUCUCUACUGGUUCUCCACGCAGUUCUCCAUUGUUGGAUGGAACACUGGUUCGGCACUGGUCACCGCCGGCCUUUCUUUCAUAUCUGCGUGUCUUGGUUCUUUCCUUGCAGCUGUCAUCGUCGUCUUAAUGGCUCGCCCAGGUGCCAGAUACCACGUCAGCUUGGCAAUCGUAUGCAUCAUCUGGUACGGGAUCCAAACAUUCUAUGCAGGAAACGUCCUUUCUGUGAUCUUACGCUGCAUCUUCGGGAGCUCUUGGAACAAUCUCGAUAACACCCUACCCCUGAGCGCAAACAGUAUCCAUUACAUCUGCACAGUCAAAGGCUUUACUAUGCCUAUAGCUGCUUUGGCUCUCUUUGGCAUAUGCAUGAGCAUUGGUGGAGGAUUAGGAGACAUAGACAUCUUCUCAAAAGCGGGUGAACUCUUGUCGUCCGUUACACCUUUGGGCUGGUCCAUCAUGGCUGGUGUCAACACUAUCUUUGGAGGCCUAUCACCCAUGCUGGUCAAUCAACCCGACCUCGCUCGCUACUGUAAGAAACCUCGUGAUGCUGGCUUCCUCCAAGGCGUAUGUGUCUUCUUCCCUUCGGUCCUCGUCUUCUUCUUGGGAAUGGCCUCAACGACAUCCAUUCAGGUAAAGUGGGGGACUGCCUAUUGGAAUGUUUGGGAUCUCCUCGAUGUUAUCCUUGACCACCACUUCAGCGCUGGUGCUCGCACUGGCAUCUUUUUCAUUGCCUUAGUGUUCUUCUUCGGUGUGUUUGUGACCAACAUUGGCGCCAAUUCACUUCCGUUUGGCGCCGACAUGACAGGUCUAACUCUCUGUGCGGUUCUGGGGGUUGUCGUACAACCUUGGCAGCUCAUGGCAAACGCAUCAGCUUUCCUCAGCUUUCUCGGAUCGUACAACAUCUUCAUGGCGCCACUCUGCGCAGUCAUCAUCGUGGACUACUUCAUCGCUCGUAAGGGCAAUAUACACGUACCCUCGUUGUACGAUGGCAAAAGGUCAGGCCUAUAUUGGUACUGGUCCGGCAUCAAUCUAGUCGGCGUGACUGCAUGGCUUUUGGGCACGACGAUGGGUAUCCCAGGCCUCAUCGGACAAUACCAGCCACAAAUCAUCAGCACGGCAGCAAAAAAUAUGUACAGGCUUGGAUUCUUGUUGACCUUUACGACGGCGGCAACAGUCUAUUAUGUUCUCAGGUUGUUCAUCAAGCCACGAGUCUUCCCUGUCGGGUGUGACAACACGUCUUUUCAGUGGGAAUGGUUAGGCAAGGAAGGACGCGAGGGCUUCUUCAAAGAUGAGAAAGUCGACAAUGAGCUCUUCGCACCAGCAAUUCCAACUGCCACAGAGGCCGAAGAGGUUCAACUGGGCGAGAAAGCGUACGGAUCGAAAGUAUGGAAGCGAUUUACUGGACGCGAUAUUGUACUA